AUGGUUGAUAUUGGCGCAUAUGGACGAGAAAGUGACGGUGGAGUUCUAAGAUGUUCAGAAUUUUUCAAAAAACUACAAAAUAAAGAAUUGGACAUUCCAAAUGACAAAGUACUUCCUAAUACAAACUCCCAUGUACUGUAUACAUUUAUAGGCGAUGAAGGAUUUCCGCUAUUGGUUAAUAUGUCACGUCCGUAUCCCGGAAAGCAACUCGUCAACAAUUUAAAAAAAAAGAUAUUUAAUUAUCGACUUUCUCGCGCCAGGCGCACAGUGGAAAACAGUUUUGGUAUUCUAACAUCAAAAUGGAGAAUAUUAAAUAAGGCUAUUGAAACUAACCUUGAAAAUGCUAUUACAAUCACACAAGCUAUAUGUGUAUUACACAACAUAGUAUUGACACACAAUAAACAACCUAUGCAAAAUAUUCCAAAUGAAAAACAUAUUUAUAACCCUGAUAAGAGACGAAAUAAUACAUUCAGCUCAGUCGCCAGACAUACUAGAGAGGUUUUUGCAGAUUAUUUUAGUAGUCAAUAUGGUUCAGUUCCCUGGAAAUUGGACUAUAUUUAA